AUGGAGGAUCAAAUGAAACUUUUAGAAGAGGCUCUGAAUGUAGUUAGAGUUCAAGCACAUCAUAUGAAAAAAUGCUUGGAUAAUAACAAACUCAUGGAUGGUUUAAAGCAUUGUUCAACGAUGUUAGCAGAACUUCGUACAUCUGCUUUAACUCCAAAACAUUAUUAUGAACUCUAUAUGGCAAUUUUUGAUGCUCUCCGACACCUCACAACAUAUCUUAAUGACGCACAUAAUUCUGGAAAACAUCAUCUUGCUGACCUUUAUGAAUUAGUACAAUACGCCGGAAACAUAAUUCCGCGUUUAUACCUCAUGAUUACGGUUGGUAGUGUCUAUAUGUCACAAAAGGAUGCUCCGGUCAAAGAAAUUAUGAAAGAUAUGAUGGAAAUGUCUCGUGGUGUUCAACACCCGACUCGUGGGUUAUUCUUGAGACAUUAUUUGAGCGGAAUGACGAGAGACUCAUUACCAGUUGGAAAUGAUGAUGGUCCACAAGGCAACCUUCAAGAUUCAAUUUCUUUUAUCCUUACUAAUUUUAUUGAAAUGAAUAAACUUUGGGUACGCCUGCAACAUCAAGGUCACUCAAGAGACCGUGAGAAGCGUGAGAUGGAACGGAAAGAAUUAAGAAUUUUAGUUGGUACUAAUUUAGUUCGAUUAAGUCAGCUGGAAGGCGUUGAUCUACAGUUGUACCAAAAGACUAUAUUGCCGGGUAUUUUAGAACAAGUUAUUAACUGUAAAGAUGUCAUCGCACAAGAGUAUUUAAUGGAAGUUAUCAUUCAGGUGUUCCAUGAUGAUUUCCAUCUUCGAACACUUGGUCCAUAUUUAUCAGCCACUGCGUUACUUCAUCCAAAAGUUAAUGUAAAGCAGAUUGUAAUUGCAUUAAUUGAUCGUCUUGCGGCAUAUGCUGCUCGCGAGGCCGAUUCUGAACCGCCUGAAGUAAUUAAACGCCAAAAGGAAGAAGCCGCUAAGAGGCUUUAUGAAAAAUUAAAAAAGCAAAAUAUUGGAGGUUAUAAUGAGGAGGAGGAUAAUGAAUCAAAUUCAAAUGGAAAAUUUGUUUUGGAAGAAGAGGAGGAUGAGGAAGUAGAGGAGGAAAAGGAAAAGUUAAAGGAGGAUACUGGAUUUGAAUUUGGUAAUUUUGAGAGGGAAGAGCUAAAUGGGGAGACCGGAUUCGAAUUCGGUAAUAUUAAUGAUGAUAAUAAUCAAACGUCCGAGCCACAACCGGAUGAAACUAAACAACAGGGAAAUAAUAAAUCAAAUGAACCUCCCGUCAAAAGAUUUCGUGGUAUCCCUGAAGAUGUUAAACUUUUUGAAGUGUUCUGGGGACAAAUUGUCGAUUUGGUUAAGGCUCGUCCCGACUUGUCUAUUCAAGACAUCACUGCCUUGUUGGUAUCAUUAGUUAAUUUGUCAUUGAGUUGUUACCCUGACAAGAUUGAAUAUGUUGAUCAAGUCAUUGAAUUUGCCAAGCAAAAAGUUUUAGACUUCCAUGAUAGUCCCGACCUUCAUAGUUCUACCACAACUACCAAUUUACUUAAUCUUCUCUUGGCUCCUAUUAACUCGUACCCUACAGUCCUUACUUUACUUGCUUUACCCAACUAUGCUGCUCUUCUUCUCGCAGAACAACCUUUUCAAACACGUCGUUCGAUUGCUCAUGCUAUUGUCACUUCUAUUCUAAAGAAUGAGACACUUAUUGAGACACCUGAAGACGUUAGUGGAAUUUUAGAUCUUUGUAAUGUUCUCAUUCGCGAUCAAAAGGACGCUACACUUUCAAGUCCGUUCAGUGGGCUUACAGGUGGAAGGGGUACGAGAUCAAUUGGGACUUCACAAAAGAUGGAUCCUGAAGAAUUUGCAGAAGAACAAGGGUGGCUUGCAAGAAUUAUUCAUUUAUUCCAGAGCAGUGACCCUGAUGUUCAGUUUAUGCUUCUUACAACUGCUCGUAAACAAUUCGCCGAAGGUGGUGAAAGAAUACGAUAUACGUUCCCUGCUCUUGUUACAUCUGCUGUAAAAUUGGCAAGGAGAUAUCAGAGAUUCGAAGAUCAAGAUGAUGGAUGGGAAAAGAAGACUUCAUCCCUUUUCAGAUUUAUCCAUCAAAUCAUUUCAAUUUUGUAUAACAAAGUUGAAUGUUCAGAUAUAUGUUUAAGACUGUUCCUUUUAGCAGGACAAAGUGCAGAUGAAUGCGGCUUUGAAGAAAUUUGUUAUGAAUUCUUCGUACAAGCAUUCACAAUUUACGAAGAAUCGAUCUCCGAGUCACGUGCUCAAUUCCAAGCAAUUACGAUAAUUAUCGGCACCUUACAGACUAUUCGCGUAUUUGGAUUAGAGAAUUACGAUACUCUUAUCACUAAAUGCGCCUUGCAUGGUAGUAAAUUGCUAAAAAAACCCGAUCAGUGCCGUGCAGUUUAUUUAUCAAGUCAUUUAUGGUGGGCCACUGAAAUAGAGGGAAGGGGAACUAAAUCAUCUGAGGAAUUAUUCCGCGAAGGUAAGAGGGUUCUUGAAUGCUUACAGAAAGCACUAAAGAUCGCAGAUUCUUGUAUGGAUUCCGUUACGAAUGUUGAAUUGUUUGUGGAAAUUUUGAAUAGAUACAUAUAUUACUUUGAGAAAAAGAAUGAAGCUGUUACUGUUAAAUAUCUUAAUGGAUUAAUAGAUUUAAUCAAUACACAUCUAAAUAAUAUUGAAAAUCCAGAUCAACAUCCACCAACUUCUGCUUCUUCUGCUCUUGUUGAACCAGAAGGUAAUAUUUCUGACUUUGUUGUCAGACAUUUCAAGUCAACUUUGUUCCAUCUUGAAACACGUAAAGAGGCUGUACGUUCUGCUAAAGCUCAAGGAGAUCUUUUUGUGCAAAGUUAUGACGAAAUUGAUACCAGUACUGCAUUAGGUAGAUAA